AUGCUACCAGUGGAGAUGUGGUUCAGCGUCAUCGACCAACUUCGGGAUGACCCGCAUGCACUCGCCGCCUGCAGUCUGACCUGUCGCUCGUGGCGUACUGUAGCACACCUUCACCUCUUUUACACCGUGUUACUCAAGGACAUCUCGGCAUACAUGCGAUUUUGGAGACUUCUGGAGAGACUUCUGGAGAAAUUUCCAGACAUACCGCCUUACGUCCAUGACCUGACGAUCGCCAUGAGCCCGACCUUAGCCGUCGUUGGAGCGCACACGAGCUUGGAUCCCGUAAUGCCGAGGAUGCUGUUAAAGCUCGACCACGUCGAGGUAUUGACACUGGUGCAUUGGCGGGCGAUCCACAUGUCCGAGGACACAAGGAGCAAUCUGCAGGCGUUCUUCCCUUCGCUUAGGGUCCUGAACCUCGUGGUACGCGAGCGACUUCGUCAGGCUGCUCGCCGUGUGCCCCAGGCUCACCGCCGUGCACUCAGCUCACGUCAGGCUGGACCCCCCUUUCUCGACGGUCCACCUCUGCAGGAUGUCCUCGGUGCGUCUCUCCAUUCUGCGAUGAGGCGGACCAUCGACGCCGUCACAGUGUUCAAUGAUUCCCAACCGGUGAUACCCGCCAAUGGCUGGAUAUUGGAAGAUCCGUUUGAGGUGCGGUUGCGGAGACUCGAGGCGAUGUGGGACUCCGCAGAGUUGGUGACGAUCCUCGGUCUCAGUCUAGGAGACCUGCUGCAGGCCUCCGGGACGGCCCUGGAACACCUUAACCUCGCUAUUCAGUCCACGUUUGUCUCACCAAGGGGCCACCUCACUCUGUCCCACAACCCGAACUUGCGGUCGCUGACUCUGACAGAUGUGAAUGUUCGAGGACGGAGCGCAUCAGACUGGCUUCGGGAGUUCCUCGCACUGAUCCAGCUGACCCACGCGUCGUUGCGCCUGCAGGAGAUAGGCCUGAAUCUCGCCGGUCCUUCUGACGUGCCUCUGCUGCAAGGGUGGAGUCUCUUGGACCGCCAACUCGCGGACCUGGCGAAGGACCGUCGCGAGCUCGUGAUCACUUUCCGCCUGCGGCCUAUGAGACCCCCGUUGGACCUGGACGCCUGGACGCGCGAUACAGCGAAUGAAGUUGUGAAGCGCCUGCCGUACGUCAGAGCUGGGCGCGCCUGGCUCAGGGUAGUGGGCGCUCCGUAUCGGUACGAAAUGUACCCGUUCGAAAUGUACCCGCAGUAUGGGACUGCUUCGUCAUCGGAAGCCGCGACGAAGGAUGAGGAACUGGAGCUCUGGUUUCGUGGUUAG